UGUACGUGCGCGCUCCCGCUCCCCUUUCCCCCUUUCCUGAUCGGGCUCCUUCGGACGUUCCUGCUCUGGUGGAAAAGGAUCAAAAGGGACAAGCGGCAAUGAUUUGCGUGGCGUUGACCGUCUUUGCCUACUUGUUCCAGACCGUAAUCACUGGAAGACACGAGCGAACCUUCUUAGCCAUCAAACCAGAUGGAGUUCAGCGUCGUCUGGUUGGAGAAAUCAUACAGAGAUUUGAGCAGAAGGGAUUUAAACUGGUUGGAAUGAAAAUAGUACAGGCUUCAGAAAACUUGCUAAAAGAUCACUACAUUGAACUCAAGGAUCGUCCUUUCUAUAAUGGAUUGGUGAAAUACAUGAGCUCUGGCCCUUUGGUCGCUAUGGUAUGGCAAGGAUUGGAUAUUGUUAAAAUCACUCGGGCUAUGCUGGGAGAGACCAAUCCUGCGGAUUCUGCACCAGGCACCAUCAGAGGGGACUUCUGUGUUGAUGUGGGCCGGAAUGUAAUCCAUGGCAGUGAUUCGGUGAAGAGCGCAAUACGUGAAAUCUCUCUCUGGUUCCGCCCGGAGGAGCUAAUCUGCUGGAACGACAGUGCUGAUGACUGGAUUUAUGAGUAAACCAGUCUUUUUACUGACUUCACUCAGGAACAACCCAUCAAUACUGAAGCAUCAUUGUGCAAAGUCCAUGCUGUGACCAAUGGAUCUCUGGACCAUUGAAUUUUCCUUUUUUUAUGCAAAUUCUUUGAAAACUAUAUUGGCUCCACGCAGUGUAGUGGGGAGUAGGGUGAGAGAGAGCGCGCAACUGUAUUGAGCACAAGAAUCCAAUUGAAAUUUACCUGGGAAAGAUGUGUUUCAGGUGGAUUCUAGAUCCGAAACAUUAGCCUGUUUCCUUUUCACGUAUGCUGAUUGCCCUUCUGAGUGUUUACACCAUUUUCUGUUUUUACUGUGUCUCUAAUUCCAGGAUUUCUUUUUGCCUGAAAUUUUACUUCAACUUGUUGCAGGAGUGACAUGGACACAGUAAUACUGGGGUGGUAGUUUUGUGAGAACCAUACAACUUAAUCAGACUUGAAUGGAUAUUUAAAAACCACUAAAAAAUUCUUGUUUGAGAGGUGAGGCUAUAACUGGCCAAAUGCCACCAGCUAUUUCACAGUGCAGGGUAGGGAAAUAACCUACAAGUGAACUGCCAUCUGACCUAACUUUUGGUCUGGUUAUCAAACUUGUUUCAAGUCAGACUGUUUAAAGUACUAUUUAAUCACUUUAUCAAUGUCUAAAAGUGUAGGAUUCUUCACUCCUUUAUGUUUAGGGUUCUGUAUGGAGCAGGCUGUGUGCAGGAGAAUAAGUUGAUAGCUUCUCAUAAACAGAUCCGUUCUUGUAGAGUUAACGAAUGUACAAGAGGGAAUUAAAUGCUGGUAGUGGUCAGGGUGAGUCUCACUGUUUGAAAUUAAUGGUGCUUUAGAUUUUUUUUAAUGCAAUCCAAACCCAGUGUGAUUUCAGGGUGCUUGGAUUGGGUGGAAUGUUCAGUAUCAGGUGAAAUUCAGUAAAAGGUGGGGCAAUUAUUUUUACCUCUAUUUGGUCACUACUACAACAUCGAUACUAAUAGUGUGGUAUUAAAUACCAAGGCUGUUUAAAAAAAAGUGAAACAACUAGCAAGACACUAUCUCUGGUCCUGAGGGCAGCUUAAACAGUGAAUUAUAACAACUUCCUAACUGUGUUAUGCUGAAUGUGAUGCAGGAGAUUCUCUCCCACCUUAGUAACCAGAUUUGUACUGUACACUGAGAAUAUGAAGCUAAAAUGUUAAUGAAAUGGGGAAAAACUGAUUAAGCUAAAAUUUAAUGAAAUUGGAAAAAUUGUUUCAUUCCAUUCCUAGCAUCCACUUUGUUACUUUCGUAUUUUUUUGUUUCUGGACCUUGUCAGUCUGUCCAAGAUAUAAGACUAAGAUUUAUUUCCGUGUCAGCUCUUGUGUUAUUGCAUGAAUUUGAAAGCUCUUUAAUCAUCUUGAUUAUUAUACCAGGGAAAUUCAAAGCAAACCACAGUUUGUAGGAAUUUGCACAGUACCUAUACAACACUGUACAACAUGCAUACUUGAAUUUGCUUUUUUUUUUACAAAUUGCAUUAAAGGUAUGCCAUUUCACAAA